GGCGGCUGCCGUCCCGGUGCCCAGCCCCUCCGCCCCCGCCGGGCUCCGGCGGCGCUCUCCUCGUCGGGUCGGGGAGCGAUGGGGGAGUCCCCGGGCCGUGGGUCGGAGCCGUCGGGGCAGCCCGGCCCCGCUCCGCGCCUCACCAAGGGCAUGUCUAUCUUCCUGGACAUACUGAGAAGAGCAGACAAAAAUGAUGAUGGGAAAUUAUCCUUUGAGGAAUUCCAAGCGUAUUUUGCAGAUGGUGUCCUGAGUGGAAAAGAAUUGCAUGGGCUCUUCCACACCAUUGAUACUCACAACACAGACAAUCUUGACACAGAAGAACUGUGUGAAUAUUUUUCUCAGCACUUGGGUGAAUAUGAGAAUGUGCUCUCAGCUUUAGAAGAUUUAAAUCUCUCCAUCCUGAAGGCAAUGGACAAAACCAAGAAAGACUACCAAGAGGCUUCUAACUUGGAACAGUUUGUGACUCGAUUUUUAUUAAAGGAGACUUUGAAUCAACUUCAGUCACUGCAGAACUCCCUGGAGUGUGCCAUGGAAACCACCGAGGAGCAAACCCGUCAGGAAAGGCAAGGGCCACCCAAGCCGGAGAUCCUGUCCAUUCCAUGGGCUGGAAAGCGUUCGAAUCGCAGAAUCCAGAGGAACAACAGCUUAUCUCCGAGCAGUCCUCAAUUCAGUGUUGGCAGCCCAGCCCUGCUAGAUGAAGGGAGUCAGUGGGUGACCCAGAUAAACAGACUCCAGAAACUGAUUGACCGACUGGAAAAAAAGGACCUAAAACUUGAACCCCUGGAAGAAGAGGUUUUAGAAGGAAAUUCAAAAUCUCACGUGAUGAUUGUACAGCGGCAGAUGUCGGUGCUGGAGGAGGAGCUGGAGGAGUUCCAGCUGGCCCUGAAACAUUACGUGGACAGCGCGUCCGCUCAAAGUGGCUGUCUUCAUGUGUCUAUUCAGAAGCUCUCGAAUGAAUCACGCUUCAUAGUUUAUGAGUUCUGGGAGAACAGCAGUGUGUGGAAUAGCCACCUGCAGAUGAAUUACAGCAAAACUUUCCAAAGGAGCAACGUGGACUUCCUGGAAACACCUGAGCUCCUGUCCACCAUGCUCGUACCUGCGUCUUGGUGGGUCCUGAACAACAACUAAAUGUUUCCUUAUGGUGCCAGGAGAACAGCUUAACUUUGCUUGUGUUUAGAAAGCAUAUUGUGAACCUGUCUGUACUAGUAAUCUACUAAAUGUCUGUCGAAUCUGCUUCCUUUAUUUGUGGUUAAAUAUGUGCUCCGGUCUCCUUAGUUGUGCCACUCUAUGUGAAAUGAUACUUUACAAGUUUAAAUAUUCUCUAUUGGUAACGUACAUGCUAAAUGUGUCGUCAGUAAAGCUCUCACGAUAUGCUGUGAAGGACCAGCUUCUAAAUUCCCCGGAGAAAAAUGUUUGUAGGGAAAUUGAAAUUUAAUUACACAUGAGGUCUAAAUAUUUGAAUGAUUUAUGAUAGAAAACUUAAGAUAAUACAUAAAAUAAUUAUGCUAUUAUUCUUUGGACAGAUGUUUGUCUUAAUGUUGUACUGAUGUCCUAUAAAAGUUCAACAGCAAUGUACAACUGUAUGGUAUUAGUAUUUAAGUACAAAACUUCAUUUUUUUUCCCUACAAAUGAACAUUCUAUUCUGAGAUCUUUUUCAUGUUUUAAAAAGCUAUUGGCCCCUAAAUCUGUGUAUUUUCCUCAUUACCCAGAGGAAUAAAUUAGUGUAUACGGAUUAAGUCGAUGCAAUAAAGCUCUAGACAUUCCAUUCCA